UGUGUGCAUGCGCAUAGAGAUGUGAACAAUAUGAACAACAGCUGCACGAUGGAAAAAGAAGUUGAGGAAGGUAUGCUUACCCUGGCCACAUUUCUGUCACCGCUGUAUUUGACUUUGGCCCCUGAGUCAUUCAAAAAUCAAACAAAAUUUGAACGCGAGGCGUCAGAAUGCCGGCUGGGUUUGAAGCCAGGAUGGCCUUUCUUGGGGGUGACCGCAUGUAUUGAUUUUUGUGUGCAUGCGCAUAGAGAUGUGAACAAUAUGAACAACAGCUGCACGAUGGAAAAAGAAGUUGAGGACGGUAUGCUUACCCUGGCCACAUUUCUGUCGCCGUUGUAUUUGACUUUGGCCCCUGACUCAUUCAAAAAUCAAACAAAAUUUGAAUGCAAGGCGUCAGAAUGCCGGCUGGGUUUGAAGCCAGGAAGGCCUUUCUGGGGGGUGACCGCAUGUAUUGAUUUUUGUGUGCAUGCGCAUAGAGAUGUGAACAAUAUGAACAACAGCUGCACGAUGGAAAAAGAAGUUGAGGACGGUAUGCUUACCCUGGCCACAUUUCUGUCGCCGUUGUAUUUGACUUUGGCCCCUGAGUCAUUCAAAAAUCAAACAAAAUUUGAAUGCAAGGCGUCAGAAUGCCGGCUGGGUUUGAAGCCAGGAAGGCCUUUCUGGGGGGUGACCGCAUGUAUUGAUUUUUGUGUGCAUGCGCAUAGAGAUGUGAACAAUAUGAACAACAGCUGCACGAUGUGUUUCUUCCUUUUCUACUGUGUCCUACUUUUGCUGAUUCUCUUUCUCUAUCACUGUUACCCGCAGGAAAAAGAAGUUGAGGAAGGUAUGCUCAACCUGGUCACAUUUCUGUCGCCGUUGUAUUUGCCUUUGGCCCCUGAAUCAUUCAAAAAUCAGACAAAAUUUGAACGCGAGGCGUCAGAAUGCCGGCUGGGUUUGAAGCCAGGACGGCCUUUCUCGGGGGUGACCACAUGUAUUGAUUUUUGUGUGCAUGCGCAUAGAGAUGUGAACAAUAUGAAUAACAGCUGCACGAUGGAAAAAGAAGUUGAAGAAGGUAUGCUUACCCUGGCCACAUUUCUGUCGCCAUUGUAUUUGACUUUGGCCCCAGAAUCAUUCAAAAAUCAGACACGUUGUAUUUGACUUUGGCCCCUGAGUCAUUCAAAAAUCAGACAAAAUUUGAACGCUAGGCGUCAGAAUGCCGGCUGGGUUUGAAGCCAGGACGGCCUUUCUCGGGGGUGACCACAUGUAUUGAUUUUUGUGUGCAUGCGCAUAGAGAUGUGAACAAUAUGAACAACAGCUGCACGAUGG